CGGCUGCUCGCGCCCGGGAGCGCGGCUGGGUCUCCGGAGCCGGCUGUCUCCUUUGUGCGGCGCUCGAGUUGCGCCGCCGUACAGCGGGACAGUAUGUGGGCACUGCGAGGGCUCUUCUCUUCUGCCCCAACUCUGGAAACAAUGGACUGAAAGGGGAACAUGGAUUGAGGGGCGCGAGCGGGGAAGCGAGCUGUACGGGGGAAUCAUGACUUCUGCCGCUGAAAUUAAGAAGCCACCAUUGGCCCCCAAGCCAAAGUUUGUGGUGGCAAAUAAUAAGCCAUCUCCGCCUCCUGUUGCACCUAAACCCGACGUUGUGAUUUCUAGUGUUCCACAGUCAACAAAGAAAACCAAACCAGCAAUAGCCCCGAAACCAAAAGUUCUGAAGAAUGCACCUGUUCAAGACAUUGAGCAGUUACCAUCGAGGAAAAUCACCUCAACCCUGGAAGAGCAUAAACAGGAAUUACCUGAAAGCACUGACAACUUUACUUGCAAGAAUGUAGGGGAACAGAGCAACAAUUAUAUUUUACCAAUGUGUCCUGACAGUUCCGAGUGUAUUCAUAAGCUUGGGAAGAGAGACAAUUUGUGUGUAAAGCAGCUUGUUUUAGAGCCCCUAGAAACGAAUGAAAAUUUAGAAAAUAGUAAACUUGAUGAGUCCUCUUUGACUAUAAAAACUAGGAGUAAAUGUGUUUCUCAUGGUGAAAAGGUCAGGAACCAGACUGGUGCAGUUUUAAAGGCAAGCGUCCUAGAAGAAAAACUCAAAAAUGUUUUAACUCAACGAACAUCAACUUUUUGUUCCCUACAGAAGCACAGAUCCACAGACAACCCAGAAAUGAAUUGUGGCUGUAAUCCUAACAGACAAGUCAGAAUUGAAUUUUCAGAUUUGUCACCUUCCCUAUCCAGCUUUGAAAAGUUUCCUGAUCAUCUCAAUUGCCAUGUACAGCUUCCUAAUGAAUUUCAGAAUUUUGAAACCUGUCAAGAUGGCAGUGAAAAAAGCAUUAGUUACUUUCAUUCAUCUGAACUACAAGACCUGGAAAAUGGUAAAAGGAGUACUUUUAUAUCUUCAGAUGGAGUUGGCAAGAAAUCAGAAGUCAAAGACCUCGGUCCCUUAGAAAUUCACUUAGUACCAUAUACCCCCAGAUUCCCAACUCCCAAGCCCAGAAAGACACACACUGCUCGUCUGUUACGCCAAAAAUAUGUAGAUACUCCUAGUGAAAGUACUGAAGAACCAGACAAUUCAGAAAGUAGCUCCUCUUGUCUUAACAAAGACAGUUUGAAAAACAGUAAAAUCAGUGUUCUUCAUCACAGUGUUUUGUGUAACCAGGAACAGGUGGGCAAAGUGAAGCCAGGAAAUAAAAGUGAUUUGAAUAUGGACCCCAGCAGUGACAGGCAGGACCUGGUCAAUUCACAGAAAGCUGUGUGUCAUGAAACAUCUUCCUCUGAAAAAAUGGUACCUUGUUUAGAUACAAACUCUAAUUUGAGUUCUGACAGCACAACAGUAGAUGGUUCUGAUAUGUCGCUUGCUAUGGACACAGAAACCAGUUUUAUAAGAUGCAGUACUUUAUCUAUGAGCCUGCCUAAGCAGCUCAAAUUAACUUGCAAUGAACAUUUUCCUACUGCCUGUAAGCUGGGAGUGUCUGCCACUCAAAUGCAAAAGGAAUCCAUAAUAAAAGAGGAAAGUUCCUCAAGAAUUGUCCCCAAAAAACCUCAGAGACACAGCUUGCCUGCUGCAGGAGUACUUAAAAAGGCUGCCUCCGAGGAGCUUGUGGAGAAAAUUUCUCCCUCAACUGAAGAAAAAAAUUCAGAGAAGGGCCUAGAAAGAAAUCACCCUCAGCAUUUGUGUGCUCAAAACCAUGGUAUGUCAUCAUCCUUUGAUAUGCCUAAACGGUCUUCAGAAAAGCCAGUGUGGAAAUUACCUCAUCCUAUUUUACCCUUUUCAGGGAACCCAGAAUCCUUGAAGUCUAUCACCAUAUCCUCAAAUAGUGAACCUUCAACUUCCCUAACCAAGCCUAGAGCAAAAUCAUUAUCUGCUAUGGAUAUGGAAAGGUGCACUAAAUCUUGCAAAGAUACUUCAAAGAAAAAUUCUUUAAAGAAGUUGCUCCAUGUGAAACUGUCCAUCUGUUUCAUGAAGAGUGACUUUCAGAAAUUUUGGUCCAAGAGUAGCCAUCCCGGAGACACAACCACAGGCAGCUUCUCUGGUGGGGAGCGGAAAGGCAUUGAAAAUGAUUGGCAUGGCUUGUUGGCAAAGGAAGAGAAGAGAAGUAAACCCAUCAAGGCAUAUUCUGCAGAUAACUGCAGCCUGGAAUCUCAAAAGAAGAGGAAGAAGUUUCGAGGGCUGACCAGUGCAGCUAAUGGACUAAGAGCUGAGUCUUUAGAUGACCAAAUGCUCUCCAGGGAGUCAUCACCUCAGGCGCCUUGCAAGUCUGCUACAAGUGGCUGUGCACCAGAAUAUGAAAAUAUACGCCAUUAUGAGGAAAUACCGGAGUAUGAGAACUUGCCGUUUAUUAUGGCUGGAAGGAAAACUCCAGAGUUAGAAUGGCACAAUUCCAGCAGCAUGGAGGACACUGAUGCAAAUGUGUAUGAGGUAGAAGAGCCAUAUGAAGCUCCAGAUGGCCAGCUGCAACUUGGACCCAGACAUCAGCAUUCCAGUUCUGGAGCAUCUCUGGAUAGACACAAUGAUCUGGAUCUUGAUCUUGGUGACCUUCCCUCUGAUGAGGAGGAAGUUAUCAACAGUUCUGAUGAAGAUGAUGGCAGCUCCGAGUCUAGUAAAGGAGACCCUGACCCACUGGAAGAUAAGCAG